AUGUUUUAUGUUCGAUUACGCGGAGCCAACGUCGGCUUAUCCAGCCUGGUAAUUUCACCAUUUGCUCUAGGCAUUGCUUUCGGUUCAAUUAUUUAUGGUCGGUUAAUUCGCCGGACUAUGAGAUACAAGAAACUGUCUAUUGUUGGAUUGGGAACAAUAGUUGCCUCGUUCGCAGUGCUCGCCCUUAUCUGGCGCUCGAGCGCUAGCUAUCUUAGUCUGAUCCCAGUGUUCCUUGUAGGAACCGGAAUGGCUGGUCUAUUUACAACCCAAUUUGUAGCUUUGUCGGCACGGAGUCGAGGAGGACAUGCUAGAGCAACGAUUACUGCCUAUUACCUUGCUCAGCAGCUUGGGUUAAUUAUUGGUGUGACAACCUCGGCAAAAAUAGUGCGGACUCUAUUUGCCAACGACCUUCGGCGGACCUUGCAUGGCUUAUCUCAACUCGAUGAGCUUAUCCAAAGAAUCCUCAACAACAAUCGCUUCGCAGAGUCUUUGCCUGAAACAAUUCAAUCGCAUGUUCGGCAAAGCUUCCAACACAGCUUUCGAGCCAUACCAGAUUAUCGUAAUCCCCCGACAAUAUUCGUUAUCCUGAGCACAUUGGGAGAUACUCGUAAGGAGUAA